GUCACCGGCAGCACGCAUUUGACGGCGAGAUGCCGCUAAGCCACGGCUCGUCGGCUUCUCCUUCCUCCGGUCCUCCCUCUCAACAGCCUCACUCGCUGUCCGUGCCACUCAUACGUGCCCAUGGCGGCUCCAGUCAGGGGCCUCGCGCUUCCGCCGCCCCUCGCCUACCCCAGCACGUCCCCGCGGCGCCUUGACCCUUCCACACGGGGACGCAGCAGCAGCAGCCGACGACGCGUCCACGGAGUGCGUGCGGCGGCGGAGGGUGCUUCGCGGGCCACGGAUCCCGUGGAGGUGGUAGGGGUCGGGAGCCGGAAGGACGCCGUCAUCGACUUCUGCCUGGGCUCCCGCACACUGUCCUCCACUCCCAUCCGCUUCUGGACAGUACAUGUGAUGGAUAAUUCUAGAGUACAGCUAAUACAAAAAGGUCAUGGAACUGGUGCAGUGUUCAGAGACCUGGAACCUCCCUUAUUUCUUCAUCCCUGCCCACCUGCAGUUAUUCUUGUUUCAAGUGCAGGUCAGGAUGCUGAUCAUAUUACUGCAAUGGAACUUCUUAGCGCUGUCAAAUCUGCUGGUAAUCUAGCUGCAUCAAUAUUUUUGAAGCCCUUCUGCUUUGAGGGACAAAGACGGCAAUUAGAGGCAGCUGAUUUGAUUGGCAAGCUUCGAACGUGCUCAAACUUUCACAUUGUUGUUGAAGCUGAUUCAUUGCUUGAGACGGAAGUGGAAACUCUUGCUGAAGCUUUGGAAAGUGCCAAUAAUGCUGUCCUGUCAACUAUUAGCAUGAUAUCUAUCAUGAUGUCUGGUUAUAAUAAGAUGUUCUGGAGUUCCCUUAAUGCGCUAAUUAAGGAAGUUGAUCCUGAGGAAGUAGCCAAGCUACUUAGGAGCUAUGGGGAAGCUAGAGUUGGCUUUGGUGCUGGUUAUAAUAUCCAGUCAGCAAUUAAGCAGGCUGUCUUCCACUGUCCAUUUCUUCGUGGUGGCAUAAAGGACCUGAACAAUGUGGUUUUCCUCUCCCUUACAACUGCUUGGGUAUUGUCUGAAAGUGAUAUGAUCUCCAUCCUGCACAUUUUUCGUCGAGUUACCGGAUUCACCAAAGAUAUUAUAUUUUCUAGAAAUUCUGAACCUGAUCUAGAGCCAAAACUGAUAGUAGUUUCUCUUCUAACUAUCCGAAACUACGAGGAUGAAAGUGUUCCCACAGUACAAGAGGACUUUCUUUCAAGUUUGGCCUUGCAUUUUCCUUUUAUGUCCUCUCUUAUGGGAGGAGAUAUACUUGAGCAGAAACAAACUAGGCAAAAACAUUCAUUUGAUCGACUGCCUGACAAUGGAUCUAAUUCUGUAGAGCGAGAAUUCUCACAACUUUCUAACGGUUCUUCUGAUGCUACUGUUACAAAAUUAUCUCCUGAAGAAAUUGAGGGUUUGGAAUCUGAGAGAGAGAGUAAUGACUGGAAUUGGAGAAUAAAACCAGAAUCUCUAGAAGGUCCUCUUCUGGUUGCUGAAGAAAUGGGCAGAGAUGACAACAGAGAGCAUUUAGGUUCACACCAGGAGCAUGGUUUCUUGAGCAACCCCCCUGGUUUUGGCAUUGCACAAUUGUGGGCUAAAGAGCGUACAAUGGCAAGUGGAAGCCGUAAAAAUGAUGAGCUUGAUAUUGUCACUCUUCCUGUUGGUGUAAAACUUAGCGAGUUUCAGUCUGAUCAGUCUCCAAAUACGCACCCUGAAACUCCUGAUGCUGGCACAACUGCAGCUACUGGGCAUGCUACUUUUGCAGUACCAUUUUCUGAUGUUCGUCUGGAAAAAGUCAUGGACAUGUGUAGUUCUGCAGUCACAUUUCUGAGGGGCAAAAUGGAUAGGUCUCGAAAGCGUGGUUCAAACUCAAUAUCCAGCCGGGCUGCAUUGAUGCUCGAUGCAGAAAGAGAACCAGAAAAGACAUGGAGCCCCAUCGUUGAAAUACGGUAUGGAGGGGGAACUUAUAGAGGCAGAUGCCAAGAAGGUGUCCCUGAAGGAAAGGGACGUCUAACCUUCAGUGAUGGGAGCUUUUAUGAUGGACUUUGGAGGUAUGGUAAGAGAUCUGGUUUGGGGACUCUCUUUCACAGUAAUGGUGAUGUAUAUCACGGAACAUGGAGGGAUGACCUUAUUCAUGGAAAGGGCUGGUACUAUUUUCACAGUGGUGACCGCUGGUUUGCAAAUUUUUGGAAAGGGAAGGCUAAUGGCGAGGGUAGAUUUUACUGCAAGGACGGGAGUAUCUUCUUUGGCCAUUUCCAAAAUGGAUGGCGCCAUGGGGAGAGCCUAUUGGUAGAUGCAAAUGGAUCAAGGUGGAUUGAAGUGUGGGAUGAGGGUGUACUAGUUAGGAGAACUAAAAUGGAGAAAUAGGGCUUUGGAUCUAAGUAAAUCUUCAGAUAUUGGCAAAAUUUUGCAUCUCCAGCUAUGCUUGAAAAUCUCAGAUGUUACAAGGCACUCUGGUAUGGAGCCUCUCCACUAAACAGGAAGUGAUUCUAUUUUAAGUCUUGAAAAUCGUAAAUAGGUGCCUCUUGGGAGCACUAAAGUUUUGAUGCCUAAUUUUUCUUUUUUUAAUAAAAAAAGCUGCCAACUGUAGCGAUUUCUGUAUAUACCAAUAGAAGCAUGGGAGCAUGGGAGAAGGCUUUCUUCAUACUGCUGAUGUACCACUAGAAGCUGGGAGCAGCUGCUCAACUGUGCCUGGGCGUGAAGUGUGUCUGGAUAUUUUCUUCUCUGACUAGGGUGGUCUGUACAUGGAUGAACAAUCUCCCAUAGCCUUCCUCUUUAUUUCCAAUUGAGUACUUGAGUUUCCACAAAUGUGGGCCCAAAUUGGGCCCUUUCCUUUUUUUUUUUGGUUUCCAUCAAUGUCAUCUACCCAUUAUGUUUCGAUAAUAUCUUGGUCCAGUAUAAUCAUUUCACCCAGCUCAGUCAAAGGCAGCUCCCAAUAAUUUGAAGAAUCUUGUAGGAAUUAG